CCUUUUCUCUGCUUGCGUCUCCUGGAGUCGCUGCGGUGCGCCGCAGCUCCUUGACGCCCUCCGCCCGGCCGGCACGGCGCUGGGGGUGUUCAAAACCUGGCACCGCCGUUCCGACCCCUGGGCAUUGCCAAGCCUGACUUCCCCGCCCUCUGCGACUCGGGAAGCCCCGUGCGCGUCCCGGGAGUUUGUCUCUGGCCUGGCCUCUUUCCUCCUGCUGCCACCACUCGCCUCGGGCGCUGGAACCGGAGGCUUUGGGCUUGGUCAGGAGCCACCACUUGGGUCUGGGGGGCGCCCUCGCCUUGGACAGCUCUCCCACCCCCGGGCUUCGUGCCCACGGUGCCAGCUCUGCCGUGAAUCUCCCCAGCCCGCCGCAGCGGCCUAUGCUCGACGUAGAUUUUUCUUGCCCCUUCGGAUUCGGGACCGACUGGGUUUCCCCCCUUCUGCCUCCGGCUAGAUGGUCAGCUCGGGGCCAGCCGGGCAUUUCUACUCCCUCUCCUUAGCUAGGCGGUUCCUAGCCGUCUGACCUUUGCUCGGCUGCCGCGUUUUAUGCUGUGCAACUACCUUGCAGUUGCCUUUUCCUUUCCCUGCCUCGGCAGAACCCGAAACUCCUCGGCUACCCCGUGUCUCCCUAUCCCAGAACACAGAGCUGUGCCAGGCCUCAGGGCCCCCGGACCUCACUAGGUCUGGUGGGGGCUGAAGGUGCGUUUACAUAACGCCGGUUGUGUGAGAGCUGGAGGAAGAGGUUGCGUGCGUAGGAGAGAUAAGGCUCCCACUUUCCCUCCUUCCUUCUUGGUGGUACCAGGCUUGACAUCACCCAGGAGAGAGAAUAGAGACGGGCCCUUAGAAGCCUGUUUCUCGGCGCGGUCCAGGACCUCCAGCCCCAUGGAGCCCCCGAUCCCACAGAGCGUCCCUUUGACUCCCAGCUCAGUCAUGGUGCAGCCCCUUCUUGAUAGCCGGAUGCCCCACAGUCGGCUCCAGCACCCACUCACCAUCCUUCCCAUUGACCAGAUGAAGACCAGCCACGUGGAGAACGACUACAUUGACAACCCUGGCCUGGCCCCCCCAACUGGCCCCAAGCGGCCCCGGGCUGGGGCCCCAGAAUUGGCCCCAACACCUGCCCGCUGUGACCAGGAUGUCACUCAUCACUGGAUCUCCUUCAGUGGGCGCCCCAGCUCUGUCAGCAGCAGUAGCAGCACCUCUUCUGAUCAGCGGCUCCUAGACCACAUGGCCCCACCACCUGUGGCUGAGCAGGCCUCGCCCAGGGCAGUGCGCCUCCAGCCCAAGGUGGUCCAUUGUAAGCCACUGGACCUAAAGGGCCCAGCAGUCCCACCAGAGCUGGACAAGCACUUCUUGCUGUGCGAGGCCUGUGGGAAGUGUAAGUGCAAGGAGUGUGCGUCCCCCCGGACGUUGCCCUCCUGCUGGGUGUGCAACCAGGAGUGCUUGUGCUCGGCCCAAACCCUGGUCAACUAUGGCACGUGUAUGUGCCUGGUACAGGGCAUCUUCUACCAUUGCACCAACGAGGACGAUGAGGGCUCCUGCGCUGACCACCCCUGCUCCUGCUCCCGUUCCAACUGCUGCGCCCGCUGGUCCUUCAUGGGUGCCCUCUCCGUGGUGCUGCCCUGCCUGCUCUGCUACCUGCCCGCCACCGGCUGUGUGAAGCUGGCCCAGCGUGGCUAUGACCGCCUGCGCCGCCCUGGUUGCCGCUGCAAGCAUACGAACAGCGUCAUCUGCAAGGCAGCCAGCGGGGACGUCAAGGCCAGCAGACCCGACAAGCCUUUCUGACACUUUGGGUUGAAGCCCCAGUGCUGUCGCUAGAAACAGGAUUCCUCCUGCCAAUCUUCUGAGGCUGACCUUGCUUCACAUCCCUGGCUUGGGAAGAAGCAGGCAGAGACAGCCACCAUCACCCACCCUCUGUUCCCCAAAAGGAUGAAGAUGUACUCUGGGUAUUUUUAGGGUCUUGGAACUUUGUGUCAAGCAGACAGUGGCACGGGCAGGGUGUGAUUUUGGGGGGAUUUUUCUUUUUCAGAAGACGGAACACAGAUGUGGACGCAUUUCCCAAGUUGCAGCUGCUUGAUGGCCUUUGUGCUCCUUGCUCCUCCCUCCACUUUGCCAUUAUCUUUGGCUCUCACAGAAGCCAGCUGACUGCCUGGGAGGAAUUGUUAACUGAGGGCCAGGGUAACCUUGAAGAAGACCCUUGGAGUCUCAACCUUCUUCUUCCCCUCCUCCCUCCAUACCAGUUGGCUCCUGCGUCCAGGAGAAGGUCUAGAACACCCUAGCCAUUCCUAUUGUAUAUACUUGUGAGUCGCUGAGAACAGAGGACAGCAAGUGAGUUGAAGCCUCAUUCCUCCCCCUGCCUCCCCAGAACCACAGGAUGGAUUUCGGAGCCACUGAGCAGUGCAUUCCUCUCUCUUGGCCACAUCACUAACUUGGGGUGUCCGCUCAACACACCGUCCACCGGUUCUUACCGAGUCACAGACUUGCCCACCUGCUCUGUGUCCUGAGUUCUCUCUACUCAGAUCCUUUCCAGAAACUUGAUGGGUAGAGGAGGCCAGGGGAGCACAUGCGAGACCAAAUAUCAUUUUGCCAAUGAGUCUGAGGCUGUGGUCUCUGGAUCCAGUCGCGAUGUUUUUAUAGAAUAAUUAAACCAGAUGCUAACGGUGUUUUAAAAAAUAAUAAUAAUAAAACAACUUGCUUCCUUUUGGGCCACCCCCAGGAAGGGCUGAUAUCAAAAUCUGGGGGGGCAAGCGACCUCAAGGAACACAAUUCCCCUGCCCACCAAGAAGAGGAUCUUAACAGCGAAGAAGAGGCAGCACCUCUCAUUGGCAGAAUGACAGCUGAGCCGAGCUGGGGCUGGGUUUCCUCUCUCCUGAUUCUGCUGCUUACUGUCAUAGCCUUUGUGUAUAGUGAUCGCGUCUGUAUCUUUAUGUAAAUAGAGAUGGUGAAAAGAGUAUAUUUUAGUGUUAGGAAGCCCCAGCGGGGGAGUCAGAAGAACUCAAGAGAGGGUGGGAAAGUUCUCCAGGGGCCCCUGGGAUCAAGCCCUGCUUUUGUGCACAGCACACCCCCCUCCCGACAGCCCCCAAAGACGUAGCAACUCUUUCUUUCAAGGUGCUAAAGGACUCGGAAAGUGCAGCACGUCCAGUGGGUAGGUACUUGUUGCAUGCAAAAGCUGUAGUGUGUCUGGUCCUCCCCCACCCCGACCCCCACCCCCACCCCAGCUAUUGUGUGGGGGUUUUUGCUUUGUGUGGUAUGUUGUGUCCCACCCCCCCCCCAUCUGUUGAGAGGAAAUGGCCUGGGUCAGAAGAGAUACCCAGGUAAAAUUGGAAGCGCAUUAGACAGCAUCUGUAGCAUUUCCAGCUUGUUCUAUAGAAACAGAACUGCCUCCGAAAAAGGAGGCAGGGAGCCCCGAGUGGCAUGUACUUCAUGCUUCUCAAGGACUCCUCCUUCCCUGCCCUUCGGAUAUUAGUAGUUAACAUCUUAUGAUUUAGAAUAAGUUAAUUGUAACCAUAGGUAUUUAUUGAUUGGAGGAAGGGAGGGUCUUAUUAUUUUUGGCUUUAUUUAUGUAACAUCUGCUGGCUUGUAAAAGGCGAGUAUAAGGUAUUGAUUGCAUCUUCAUUUUCCAAGGCUAAUUCACAUAGCUCCCCUUGCCACAAUUGUGAUGGAUGUAUGGAUGUUCUUGCACAAAUUGAAGGGAAUGGUGAAAACAAACAUUCAGCAACCACUUACUCAUUGAAUGUAUUGGAAGUGUGCUGAAGGGGCUGGAGAGGUUUUUCCUCAGAUGAGGUGUGCAGAGGUGCCCCCCCCAAAUGAUAGCACACGUGCACUCUUUCCUGCAAGGCCAUGGGAUUGGUUCUCAGGACCCCUCCCUCAAAAUUGUCUCCAUGGGAAACUUAACCCGGUGGCAAGUUGCACUUUGGUGAUCUUGGUCUACACACCCAUUCUGUGGAGAAUUGGUUUUCAUAAGCUGUGUACACACACACACACACACACACACACACACACACACACACACAUGCAUGCACACAUUCACACACACACUGACCCCCUACUGACAAAGACCCCAUUUCCUGGCAAAUGGCCUCCUGAACCCUGACUUUUUGUGUACAUAGUUGUAAACACGGAUCUUGUGGGUUUUGGUUUGCCUUCUUUCUUUUUUCCCCUCCCCUGUUGUGGCUUGUGUUUAACCUGCUAGAUCUGUGUCAGCAGAACUGUCCCCAGGAGUCCACCUCUGUGCCCCGCGUGCGCAGUGGCGAAAGGGAAGCAGUGAAGGAAGCGCCCUGGGUUCUCCCAGCUCUGCCGUGCACCAGUCCCCUCAGCAUCGGUUUUCCCUGGCUCGUUGGCCAAAAAGAAAAAGAAAAAAAAUGUGGCUUGCCUGUGGGUCCUCCAGCCCUUCCCAAGCCAGUCCAGAGCCGUGGAGGGAUCAAGCACUGAGAACACAUUUCUGUAGCUGCUUCUGGCUGGUUGCUUGCUGUCACCAGCAGCUUGCUUGGCUGGAUUACGUCUCAUCUUGAAAAGUGCCAGCUGGUUCCCACUUCUCUUAGACCUGGGACUGGGGUUGAUCCAGGACACUUUGCCUAGGUUUUCUGUGGCUGCUUGCCUGCCCCGCCUUGAGGGUGGGUUCAUGAAGGCCGGCACCCCAACAAGCACCCUGGGAACUGGGUCUAAGCUAGCAGAACCCUCCCAGAUCAAGUGAUAGGGUGCAACCAAGGCUCCUCUGAGAAACCAGCUGGAGGUGAAGACUGGUCCCUUCUGUUGACCCUUCACGGCUGACAGACAGAAGGUACGCAUGUGGUGUGGGGUUUGUUCUGUGUUUGGAGUCUACAUUGAUUCCUGCUGUGCAUCAAGUGGGACCCAUUUAGACAGACUUGCCUGAGGUUGCACACGUAAAAAUUGUGUCUGGCCAGAACCCAGGUGACUGUCACCUUGAAGUGUCAUGUUCUCCUAUGCUGCCCCAGGAAGUGUGUGAUGGGGUGCAGGGAUGCAACUUUGCUCUGUACAGUUCACUAUGGCAUCCUGCAAGCUUCACCAGCCCCCUGGUUCAUGCCUUUGGUAAGCAUUUUCAUGCCUUCUCUGCUUACUGUGACAGUGGAUGUCAAAUAUUGCAUUGCUAUUGUUUGGCUGUGGGUAGCUGCGCGUAUGCAGUGUUCUUCUCUUGCUCUCUCUAACUUGCUGCCCCACAGUUUGGUUUCGUGUUGCAAGCAGUAAAGCUGUUCCCUGGCUCCCCCUCCACCACAUUCCUACUUCAUUUUCCCCUUCACUAUAGCCCCUUCUCACCCCACCACAAAAAGUUACCACAGAAGGUUUCCUUUGUAUAGAAUAUUUAUUUUGAAGCUCUAUUUUAAUAGUAUUUAUUUUAGAAAGUCUACUAUUGUAAGAGUUCUUCUGUUUGUGAAGAAAAAAACAAGUUAAAAACUGAAUGUACUGAUCUAGAAAAUAUCUAUAAAUAUAUAUUGUUAAAUAUACA